AUGCUUUGUUUGAAAGCAGAAGCUUAUGACGACCGCGACCUCGAUCUCGACCCAACCAUCAAGCCCGCCGAUGCUUCUUCUAGCAAUAAUAAUAAUAAUAAGAUCAAUGCAUCUCCCGAUGCUUCUUCUACUGGCUUUCUUCUCCCCAUCAAUUUUGGAAGUUCCCUCCAUAAGUAUUUCUGGAAGAUGGGUAAAAUGUCCACUCGAUCUAUCUCCUCCGGAGACGGCUCCCCUUCAUGUUCAGUCUCCGAUUUUGAGGAUAUUAACUCACAAGAGCGAAAAAUCCCCCCGGUGCAAGACAUAGAUAUCUCUGUUUACAAGCAUCAGCUUGAGCAAGAUGUGAAAAUGCUGCAGCAGCAGUUGCAAGAAGAGAUUGACUUGCGCUUGGCCCUUGCAAAUGCUGUUGAACAUUCUAACUCAUCUUCUGAUUCACCUUGUCAACUUCCAGAUAAAGCACAAGAGCUUUUGGAUAGCAUAGCUAUCCUUGAGGAUAAUGUGACAAACCUUGAACAGAAGUCAGUUGCCUUGCAAUAUCAACUCAGUCAGGAGAGAAAUGAGCGCCGUAUUGCUGAGUACCGUUUGAGGCAUUUUCCCAUUUUAGCGUCCUCCAUGUUUGAUUCUUCUCAGUCCAACUUACCAGAGAUGAUCAUUAAACCUGGCAGCAGAGAGAAACUAGAAGGAAAGAUGGAGGAGAAGCCUCCAUGGUCAGAGUCAGUCAACGAGCCAAACAAGGAUUAUUUUGUGGAGAAACUAUGCCACCGGCCUAACCAGCUUUCAGAGGCCAUGGUCUUGUGCAUGAGAGACAUUUUUCUCUUUUUGGCAGAUUCCUCCAAACUCUCUUCUUCAAAGUCCACGGUUGCACCAUCUUCACCUUGUGAACAACUACCCCAUCCCUCUCUGCCAUCAUUCUCAGACACCAACAGGGAUGAUUCCUCAACUAGAAGUCCCAUAUUAGACAAGGACCAGGUCUCUGGAGUCUCAACAAGAUCUUGCAACUUCGACCCAUAUGGAGUUCCUGGUAAAGUAGAAUGGAAUGAAGGUAUUGGAGCUUACAGCAACGCUGUUGAGGUCUCCUGGUUGUCGGUUGGGAAGAAAGAGCUUGAAUAUGCUUCCGGCGCUCUCAAACGAUUUAGGUUGCUUGUGGAACAGUUGGUUGAAGUUGACCCAUCACGCCUUCUUUGCCAUGAAAAGCUAGCAUUUUGGAUCAAUGUGUACAAUGCAUUGAUCAUGCACGCCUUCUUAGCAUACGGAGUUCCAAGAAGUGAUAUUAAACUAUUUUCCUUAAUGCAGAAGGCUGCAUACACAAUUGGGGGAAACUCAAUCAGCGCUGCGGAUAUUGAAUACAUCAUCCUAAAGAUGAAGCCUCCAGCACAUCGACCUCAAGUAUCGUUUGUCCUUGCUCUUCAAAGGCUGAAAGCAACCGAUGAGUUGAGGAAGUUUUCAAUCAAUCAACCAGAGCCCCUACUGGCUUUUGCUCUAAGUUGUGGGAUGUACUCUUCGCCUGCUGUGCGGAUCUACAAGCCCGAUAAUGUAAAUGAAAUGCUUCAGACCUCAUUGAAGGAUUACGCACAAGCAUCGACUGGGAUAGGCAGCAAGGGCAAGAUAUUGGUGCCAAAGUUGCUGCAUUGUUUCGCAAAAGGAAUGGUGGACGAUUCACAAUUGCCAGAGUGGCUAACUGAGUUGCUCACAGCGGAGCAAGCUGCCAUGGUGAAAGACUGCUCAUCCAACCGCAAGUGGAAGCUGCUGGGCGCACGAAGCUUCUCCAUCUUGCCUUUCGAUUCAAGGUUCCGAUUUCUCUUCCUGCUAUAG